CAUUAAGACCUUGUCUGCCUGCGAGCACUGACUUGAGUGAAGGCUCUUUACUUACUGCAAAAUAGGAUUCAUUACAAGACUAGACUAUCUCGCAAUGGGGAAACGACAAGGCUGUUUAAAAGCACAUGCUGUUAGGACCGUCCUUCUGAUGGCUAUGGGUGCCGUGUGCUUCCCUGGCCCGUGCUCCAGUAUACGCAACUAUGACAAUGACACAUCCACGAGGAACAAGGGUAGCGAUCAUCUUAUAGCCAACCGGAUUUUACCUUUUGUGAAUUUAAGAGAAAAAUCUAAAGGUAAACAGCAGCACCUAGCUACAAACAACCACCACCGUCGACAGGCUACUACAUCAGCACCUGCUCUAUUCAAUCGCAGAGCCAACAGCAGCCGCCGUGGCCCUCCGACGCUCCUAGGCGAACCAGUUCUAUCAGCCUUGCCCACGAGACGUCUUCUGUCGACAACGCAAGACGUCGUUCAAGCAGAUGACGAUCUCAACAAAUUUAUAGCAUCUCAUAAUGCGUUUCUAUUGUUGUGCGAUCACCCUCCUCACACUUUCUCUAAUAAAUUCUUUUACAACGGUGAGCUCUACGAUCCUGAGGCAAACUGCUCUUUCAACAAAGGUUUCAUUAAGUCUUUUUUCAGUGUCGCUGAUUUUUGUGAGGAUUUGUUUGGCCUUAUUUACGGUAAGAGUGAUCUCUUUUCCAUGCGUAUUUUUGGAGAGAUACCCAAACUUAUGUAUCACAACAAAAUCUUUGAAAACCUUUGUGUGCCAUUUUACAAGAUGAAAUAUGGAUGCAAAUCUACCGAACUAUUCACAACAUGUAACAACAAUACUGUAAUAUUUCUUGACAGUGAGGUCUGCCCUCGACCCCCACCCAUGUUCACAGACUUUGAGUACUAUGUAGCCAAUUAUAUCGAGAGUAAUGACCUUCACUGCUUAGCAAAAAUUUGUGACGGCACGUACCACACAAUAGAAUCAGAAGUAAGUGGUGUGAAAUUUAAAGUGUCUAACUUCUUCCUCUUUUAUGAAAGCAAACGCUGCGAUGCGUUUUAUUUUGAAGGGACAUUUACUAACGAUUCAAUUUUGUACUUGUAUAUAAACAAUCACUGGCCAUGUUGUUUCCCAAUGCACACUGUGCACUGGGCAGAACACCCAGAAUCACACGGUCUCAACGGACUUUGGAAUUUCCUCCCUUUUUCGUGCCGUGUGGGUGAGGUCUGUCUGAUUGUGCUGGUGGCAUGUGUGGCAACGGGGGGCGUCGCGGGUAACCUAAUGGUUAUAGUGGUAAUGUCAAGAAUUAGCAACCGUAAUGAAGAGUCAAAUAUGCUCCGUUUAUCUCUCGCUGCGGCUGACUUCUUGACGUGUGCUUUCGUUGUGUUACCUUCGCUCUAUGAACACGUGAAACCCUUUUUAUCACCUUUAGAACCCAUAAUUGUCCAUCAGGUAGAUGAUACGGUUGAUAUAGUACCUGGAGAGGAGGUUGACAGAACGGAAAUGUAUUCCCCUUUUCGAUUCUUCCAAGGACAGGUAUUUGCGGCGUGUUCUAUCGUUUCACUCCUAACUCUCUUCCUCCUGAGUGCCGAGAGGUUUGUCAUGACGGGCCGAGGUCUCAUGUACAAGCAUUACAUAACUCCUCCGCGGGUCAGACAGGCGAUGGUCAUCUCUUGGCUCAUAGGCUGGGUCAAUUCAUCACUAAUGGCCUUGUUCGGUCGGACCGUUGCCUCCGUUUCAUGGAUGACGUUCGCUAAGAUUCCCGUCGGGUUGUCGAAUUAUGUUCAUGAGAACUUGAUGGUUUAUACCUGUUACAUCAUUCAUAUGUUUCUUCUGUCCAUAUCAAUCCCUGCUACUGCUCUGCUCUCAAUUCUUUCCAUUAAAAACUUUGUUCAAGAACAGAAACGCGUGAGAGAAAGGUGGCACAAAAUGCAGAUGCGGGUUUCAGGUCCGUUUGAGAGCGAAAAUUGGUACAUAUUCGUCACGCAGUUACUCAUGACUAUAUUUUUCCUCAUUUCCGUUAUUCCUCUUUCGAUUUUCUUUCUCAAUACCAACCUACUACAACUCAAGUACAACAGGCCUUUCCAUUUAACAGUUAAAAGUUAUCUGUAUGAGUAUUUGUCAUGGUGGUUAUUUUUAGCCAGCACGGCGUGGAAUCCCUGGAUUUACAACAUGCGAAGUCACAAUUUUAGAAUGGAGUUGUGCAAAGCAAAGUAUGCCUGUAUCCCUAUGGUUCUAAGGGAGAAAUGGCGUUCACGUCACACUCAAGAAAACAGAGUGGCCCUAACACGGCAACAGAAGCUAUUGUCGCGGGUAGGCAUUUACACCUAAAAAACAGCCUGAAUAAUACGGUGAUCUAUGUGUAUGAAUGUUAUAACCCUCCAUCUCCAUUUUAUAACCUCUCUCUCUCUCUCUGUUUGUCUGCUUCGGUCACUGUUUAAUUCACCUUGCUUGGUGCAUUGGAAACUUUUUUCCCAGGUUUUUUGGUCUUAGAGAUUUGAGCAUUGCACAUCAGUCGAUUUGUUUAUUUUUAUUUUUUUCUAUUAUCAUCAUUAUUAUUUAUUAUAAUUUUAUCAUUUUCCUUCCUAAAUAUUUUCAGUUUGGUUAAAUUUACUUUUCCAUACAUUGAACUGCUUUAGUGGUAAUAAAUCUAACUGGAAAAUAAUUAUGAUAUAAACUUAUGGUGGUCAUGUGUAUACUCCAUGUUGAUUUGGCCAAAGAAUCCUCCAUACAGCCUUUUUUCUGCUUUGCUAAAACCAAACGAGACACACUGUAUAUAAACUCUUUUCUCUGUUACUUUCAUGUUGCUUUUUUGUUAUUAAAUAUUGGUGAAAC